UCGUUGUUAUCGGUUUUAAAGAUUAAGGAUUGGGCUAGCUCUCUCAUGUGUGAAGAACGCUAUAGUACCAAACCUCUCAACUUGUUUAUUAUCAAUAUCGAGCUAAGUAGGAAUGGUUUCUUACAUGUCAACGAUGUCAUUUAUCUAGUGUUUCAAUAUUUCAAGAUGUUGAAGGAAAAAGGUCCGGUUGAGUGGAUCUACCAAGAAUAUCAGGAGUUCGCGGAGAAAAAUUUCCGUUUCCUGGAGAAAUCUUCACCUAUUUCAUAUGUAACUUCAAAUGCUCGAGCAUUGCAAAUAUAUCCAAUGAACGAUGUUCUAUGCGCAGAAAGUAUUUUCAGUCCAACAUGGGAGCCAUCGUUAAUCAAUAAUUAACAACAAAUCCGAUAGUUGUAUAUUGCACACAGUUCACGAAAACAUGGCUUAAACAAAAUAUCGAUGUGCCAAAGGCUAAAAUGAUUUUUUAUUUUGUUAGGUUACUCACCUAUACGGAUGUAAUGAAUUGUGUCUUAACCGCUGUAUUUGUUGAGUUGCUUCGUGACUCUGUCAGUGAACAUUUACACGCAGCUAAAGUGGCCGGCUUAGAAACAAAGUUUACAAGUCGCGACAAUGGAAUGGCACUUACAUUGGAUGGCUAUGACGAGAAACAGUUUAUGCUAUUAAACAAAAUUAUGAUUAGCAUGACAAACUUUAAGGUCGACCCACAAAAGUUGGAGAUGUUUAAAGAAACUUAUAGUUGGAGCUUACAAAAUAUCGAUAGUCUUCAACCGCAUAAGCGAGCAAUUCAUACGCUUGAAUAUUUGUUAAAGGAACAAAUCUGGGCAAUAAAUGAUUUAGUGGAGAUGCUUGAUUACUUAACAGUUGACAGAAUGGUGAAGUUUAUAUCGGAUUUCCUCAUUACGAUACACGUAAAGUGCCUAAUAGUAGGUAAUGUAAACGUGGAAGAAGCAAUAAAUAUAUCUCAAAUGAUCGAGACACGAUUACCAAGAGUACCUUAUAUAAAGCACGAGUCAGCGUUAUAUCCAUUAAUACCUCAUCGUCAUUUAAACACCAAUUCAUGUAGCUCAUAUGAAGUAAGCAAAUCAUUACACAAUGCCUCAUGUACAUUGAUUUAUUAUCAUAGUGAUAUACAGUCAAAUUCGGGUAUAUUGUUAUAUCUCUUAGUACAAAUCAGUUCAGGACUUUGUGAAAAAACUUUAAAAUUCAGGGAACAAUUAGGCCAUAUAGUGAUCAUUGAUGUACAUAAGGUAAACGGAAUGCAAGGCUUGAAAAUUUUAAUUGAAGGUAACAAACAUGAGCUACAUUAUGUUACAGAACGAAUUUAUGCAUUCAUGGAUUUGGUGGAAAAAUAUAUAGAAACAAUGACUGAUGAAUAUCUUGAAAUGUACAAGAAAAUAUUGCACCAGUCAUAUUUCAAUUUAUCAGAAUUUAGAUGCUCUCAGUUCGCGAAAUAUUGCGAUCAAAUUCUCACAGAGCAAUAUUAUGUUAAGCAAGAAUAUGAUGAAUUCACGUGCCUAAGCAAUAUCACAACAAAGAAAUUACUUAAGUUUUAUAAGGUAAUUCUUAUUACAUGA